UAAACCUCCUUUCUGCUUCUUCAAGCCCUCUCCUUUCUGUAUAAUUCCACUAAAAAAGGGGGAAAAAUGGCAGUGGGAAUAUCCAUUACAAAUGAAGCUGGGCAUUAUAAUGGCAGGAUCACAUCAUUUGUGGUUUUGUCUUGUAUGAUGGCUGCCAUGGGAGGUGUCAUCUUUGGCUAUGAUAUUGGGAUUUCAGGGGGAGUGACCUCAAUGGAGCCAUUUCUGAAAAGGUUCUUCCAUGAUGUGUAUACUAAGAUGAAGGAAGACAGUGCAGAAGUUAGCAACUACUGCAAAUUUGACAGUGAGCUGUUAACCUCGUUUACGUCCUCGUUGUACAUUGCUGGUCUGUUUGCUUCGUUGUUGGCCUCGUCUGUGACCCGAGCCUAUGGCCGAACGCCCUCAAUUCUUAUAGGAGGAGUGGCCUUCCUAGCUGGGGCAGCCCUUGGAGGGGCAGCCAUUAAUGUUUACAUGCUGAUUUUGGGCAGAGUUUUGCUUGGCAUUGGGGUUGGGUUUGCCAAUCAGGCAGUGCCUUUGUAUCUGUCAGAAAUGGCACCUGCAAAGUAUAGGGGAGGGAUGAAUGUUAGCUUUCAAUUGUGUGUAGGGAUUGGGGUUUUGAUUGCAAAUUUGAUCAAUUAUGGGACUGAGAAGAUUAGGGGUGGGUGGGGGUGGAGAGUGUCUUUAGCCCUGGCUGCAGUGCCAGCAUUGGUGCUGACAAUGGGGGCAAUUGUGCUCCCCGAGACGCCCAACAGUCUGAUCCAGCGUUGCAACGAUCACGAGAGGGCUAAGGCGACGCUGCAGAGGGUGCGCGGGGCUAAUGAUGUGCAGGCCGAGCUCGACGAUCUAAUAUCAGCCAGUGAAAUUUCAAAAACCAUCAAACACCCUUUCAAGAAAAUCUUGCAGAGGAGGUAUAGGCCUCAGCUCGUGAUGGCCUUUGCGGUCCCAUUCUUCCAGCAGGUCACGGGGAUCAAUGUGAUCGCCUUCUAUGCCCCGGUCCUGUUCAGGACGAUCGGCUUGGGCGAAAGCGCUGCGCUCAUGUCAGCAGUCGUGACCGGGGCUGUUGGCAUCGUGACAACCUUCGCCUCGAUGCUGCUCGUGGAUAAGGUGGGAAGACGACGGCUUUUGAUCUCGGGGGGAAUACUAAUGUUGGUCACACAAAUGGGAGUAGGAGGGGUGAUGGCUGCUAAGUUAGGGAACCAAGGAGGGCUAAGCAAAGUUUGGGCUAUUGUGGUUUUAUUGCUAAUUUCCAGCUAUGUUGCUGGUUUUGGGUUAUCUUGGGGGCCUUUAGGAUGGCUAAUUCCAAGUGAAAUAUUUCCACUAGAAAUCAGAUCAGCAGGGCAAAGUAUCACAGUGGCAGUGGGGUUUUUGUUCACCUUUUUGGUUGGCCAAACCUUUUUGGCAAUGCUUUGCCACCUAAAGUAUGGGAUUUUCUUCUUCUUUGGAGGGUGGGUCGCUAUUAUGACCACUUUUGUGUACUUCUUGUUGCCAGAGACCAAAAACUUGCCAAUUGAGAAAAUGGAUUUAGUUUGGAGAGAGCACUGGUUCUGGAAGAAAAUUGUAGUAUGAUAUGAGGAGUUUAUUAUGAAAAUUGUAAAUCUCAAAGACAAACAUUAAUCACUGAAAAAAUUUCUGUCAUUUCAUCC